UAUCGCUUGCGGACGGCGGGAGUGAUCCGUGGACGGGCUCGGUAGAAAGUCAUAUCAUUACAAUAAUGCGACUUCGUCCCUGCACAAGAAAGUCACUUAUUGCUAGGGCCUACGUUGUUUGUUAUUUCCUUGGUAAUGUCGCUUCCGCUCACGAUUUGAUAUUUGACGUCUAGCAUAAGAGGAAGUGGACAUUUGGCGCAUGGUCCCGUUUUAAUUUAACUGGGAAACGAAAGAAGAUUUAACAAAUUAAGUCAACUCCACACUUAGCCCAGUGCAACAACAACAACGGCGGCGGAGGAGGAAGAAGAGAGUAACCAAGAACACCGUGGUUGUCAUUUGAAAGAAAUGGACCUGUCCCCUACAGACCCCGAGUCUCUGGUCCAGUUGAAGAGGGUAUCAGUGGUGCUGGUGGACUGCUGUAGAACACAGGAACAACGAGGGAGGAACAGAGAGAACAACACAGAUGCAGAACAAUCCAAGAGCCAGGUGACAGCAUCUCAGGUGUUCACUUGCUCCCUGUGUCCAUGUUCUUACACGGCUCAGCUCUACCUCCACGAGCACAUCAAGAGGAGCCACACGGACGAGUACAUGCUCCAGCUGAGGUCUGGAGAGAUCAAACCAGAGACUCUGGCACCUUCUAGUUUUACUCUUGAAGGAAGUACCAAAACCCACCAGCGCACUCACACAGGAGAGAAUCUGUACCCCUGUAGUGAGUGUGACACGAGCUUCAGACGAACAGGCGAACUCAAAACCCACCAGCGCAUUCACACAGGAGAGAAGCCAUACCACUGUAGUGACUGUGGUAACACUUUCAGCCAAUUAGGCAGUCUCAAAACCCACCAGCGCACUCACACAGGAGAGAAGCCGUAUCACUGUAGGGAGUGUGGCAAGAGCUUUACUGUUAUGUCAAGCUUAAAACUACACCAGCGCAUUCACACAGGAGAGAAGCCGUACCACUGCAUUCAGUGUGGUAAGAGCUUUACUGUUAUGUCAAGCUUAAAACUACACCAGCGCAUUCACACAGGAGAGAGGCCGUACCCCUGUCGUGAGUGUGACAAGAGCUUCAGCCAAUUAGGCCAUCUCAAAACCCACCAGCGCAUUCACACAGGAGAGAAGCCAUACCACUGUAGUGAGUGUGACAAGAGCUUCAGCCAAUUAGAGCAUCUCAAAAGACAUCAGCGCACUCACACAGGAGAGAAGCCGUAUCACUGCACUCAGUGUGGCAAGACUUUCAGCCAAUUAGGCUAUCUCAAAACCCACCUGCAGAUUCACACAGGAGAGAAGCUGUACCACUGUAGUGAGCGUGGUAUGACUUUCACUGAGAGUGGUGCCCUCAAAACCCACCAGCGCAUUCACACAGGAGAGAAGCCGUACUACUGUAGUGAGUGCGGUAAGACUUUCACUGAGAGUGGUGCCCUCAAAAAACACCAGCGCACUCACACAGGAGAGAAGCCGUACCACUGCACUCAGUGUGGUAAGAGCUUUACUGUUAUGUCAAGCUUAAAACUACACCAGCGCAUUCACACAGGAGAGAAGCCGUACCACUGCACUCAGUGUGGUAAGAGCUUUACUGUUAUGUCAAGCUUAAAACUACACCAGCGCAUUCACACAGGAGAGAAGCCGCAUCACUGUAGUGAGUGUGACAAGAGCUUCAGCAAAUUACACCAUCUCAAAACCCACCAGCGCACUCACACAGGAGAGAAGCCGUAUUACUGCACUCAGUGUAGCAAGACUUUCAGCCGAAUAGGCAAUCUCAAAACCCACCUGCGCAUUCACACAGGAGAGAAGCCGUACCUCUGUAGUGAGUGUGACGAGAGCUUCAGCCGAUUAGACCAUCUCAAAAGACAUCAGCGCACUCACACUGGAGAGAAGCCGUAUCACUGUACUCAGUGUGGCAAGACUUUCAGCCAAUUAGGCUAUCUCAAAACCCACCUGCGCAUUCACACAGGAGAGAAGCCGUACCUCUGUAGUGAGUGUGGUAUGACUUUCACUGAGAGUGGUGCCCUCAAAACCCACCAGCGCAUUCACACAGGAGAAAAGCCGUAUCACUGUAGUGUGUGUUACAAGAGCUUCAACAAAUUAGGCCAUCUCAAAACCCACCUGCAGAUUCACACAGGAGAGAAGCCGUACCACUGUAGUGAGUGUGGUAAGACUUUCACUGAGAGUGGUGCCCUCAAAACCCACCAGCGCAUUCACACAGGAGAGAAGCCGUAUCACUGUAGUGUGUGUGGCAAGAGCUUCAGCCAAUUAGGCCAUCUCAAAACCCACCAGCGCAUUCACACAGGAGAGAAACCUUAUCACUGCACUCAGCAUGGUAAGACCUUUACUCAUAGGGGUUCCCUUAAAAUACACCAGCGCACUCACACAUGAGAAGAGACUUCUUCUUUUCUUGAAUUUCCCCUUGGGGAUCAAUAAAGUAUCUAUCUAUCUAUCUAUCUACUUACCACUGCACUGAGCGUGUCAAGAACAUUAACUCAUUGAAUGCCGCGCUGUUUUCGGAAGCUUUGGCCCAGAUUGCCAGCAAUCUUGAUCAUUGUUAACAAUUUUUAUAGAGCCACAGCAUAUUCUUUAUUAUAGCUAUGGACACAUACUAUGGCUUGUUUGAGACUUUAAGCUCUCAGUGGGUACAAACCGUUUAUUUCUACAUGCCUCUGUUCUUAAGAAAUCCCAAGCUAAGCAGUGGCUAGUUUUCAUCAAAAUCCCUGUUUUAUUUCUAGAAAUGGAGAUGUAGCGUCUUUGAUGAAAUGUCUGUAAAGUUUCCAGGAAGUGGCCUAGCGAGACCUGGCGAGACUGCCACCUAGUGAUAAACCCACAAAAAUGGCCUGGUUUUGACCUGACGUGCAUGUGUCACUGAUUCAACCCAAAGUGGCAACCAUCCAAAGCAGAGUUUUAAGAUAAAAUUGAUUGUGCGUUUUCAUGAGUUUUCGAUCGUCGUAUAUUUCAUUUCCAUUCAUCACAGAGUUCCCAAAAUCACAUAUAAGGUGUGUUAGAGUGUCUAGUUUCGUAAUUAAAAAAAAACCUAAAAACGUAAUAUUACAUUUUUGGCACUCAAUGAGUUAAUGUCAUGUCAUACCUAAAACUGAAGCUGUACCUUUAGUGAUGAACGAGCCCCUGAGCUGUGUGAGGACUUCAAUACAUGUUCCAAGGUUAUGGAAAACAGCCAAAGGUCAAAGCUAUUCCCAAAAAAGCAAAACCCAAUUUCCCUGGUGACUACCGUCAAAUUUCUGUGGUCAGCUGUGUUGGUAAAGUCUUUGAGGGGAUCUUAAGGGAUGCUCUCCUAGAGAGUUAUAAUAUGCUUGUAAGGCCAAUCCUAGAAUUUAAGCGCCGCUGCAAAAAGGUCGCCUAAUUUAAAUAAAUAAAAAAACCUGUCCGUUCCUCUCCCGGUUUGAUGUCGUCAAAUAAUACUAGGCAUAAUACUAGGCUAAACCAGUUUCCCAAUUGGGUUUUCCCAACUGUCUUGUUGUAUUUGAUUAUUGACCUGCUUGACCAAAAUGACUGCCCUUAGUGGCUUAAGAAAUGUAUAGCAAGUGCUUCAUUGGCACACCUGAAACCCAUGCUAUAAUUAUGCUCAGACUCCUUGUUCCCAACACCCUGAUGAAGGCUGGUGAGCCGACACGCGUUGGUGUUUUUUAAUGGUUUAGCCCCUAAUAAUAAAUAAUCCUACUGAGUGCCUGGAGCUGGGAUCUUUAUGAAUACUGGGCUAACGUUAAAGGCCCAGUCAGGGAUUUCACAGGAAAUCACAUUUGUUUGUUUAAGUUUAUUAGCAGAUGCAAUUUUGUGCAAAAAAAAACUAGUUACAUUAUAUUUUAACCAAGGAACCAAAUUAAACACAUCAUCGAGGUAGCUUACCCCUACCUUCAGUAGCUUAUUCCAAUUCCACACAGGGUUUUAUUUUUGGUUUGUUCUAUACAGUCAAUGCUUUCAAGUCCUGUGUUACUAACAUACCUAGGCUGUGAAAUUAGGGUCUAGCCUACUGGUGGGUUUAAUUGAAUUUAAAUAAUAAGAUAUGCAACCAUUUACAUCUGGAUAUAGUUAUUUGUAAUUACUGUAGAGCUCACAGAAAUCAUAGAAAUUAUCAUUACAAGACACUUGUACAUAAUUAGUUUCAAUGAACAUAAUUCAUUUCAUCCACAUAUCCUUAUGCACAAUGCACAACAACGCUACUAAGUUAGCUUAAAACCAUGAGAAUCGAACAAACCUCACAAGCUGUCACAGCCUUAAAGUGACAGGCACUCAAUUCAACUUGCACAGCACCAAUACAGUGUAUUGACAUGAAAGAGAAGUCUGUACAGUUUUUGUAAUUAAUUGUAAAUAAUAAUUUUCUG